UAAGAAUAUUUUUUUGUUUUAUGCACAAUACAUAAAUAGUUCUGGUGGCACCCAGGUGGUGAGUGGAUGUUCCUGGGGUAACAUGCUGGUUUGGUCUGAGGGCAGGGUAGUGAUAGAAGCCUGCCAGAGGGAGCGUCAGGCUUGCCACAAUGGUCCCAUCAUCAAUUUUACUUAUAAUCGAACAAUUGAUGAACUAUAUACUGUUGGCCUGGAUGGUUGGAUCAAGAUGUGGCACUAUGGCAGGUUCACACCAGACCCUCUUUCAGAUGACUUGACAGUUGUGAUAAAACCGGUGUUUGAGAUUCAAGUAUGCGACAUUAGAGGCCCAUCCAGUCUGUCCUACAUUCUCAAGAAAAACAGUGACCCAAAUGAUUUCACAUGGUUUGCUCAGGACAAGAACGGAGGACUAUGGGAGGUAGAGAUGCAAGUGUCUGCGACUGUAAGUCCCUCUAUCAGACUCUAUACCUGUCAUGCUGGGCCCAUCGCAGCUGUUGCCGCCAGCCCUCAGUCCCUCUACUUCGCUUCUCUCGCAGCUAAUGGUGUCAUACAUUUCUACGAUUUCCAAACUGGCAACCUUCUUGCCUUCAAAGAAUUCUCCGUUGGAGGAACUAAACUUUUUUGGCUUGCAUUCAAGAUGGCAUGUGGAAAUGAACUGAUAGCAGCAGGUUUUGCAGAUGGGACUCUCAAACUAUUAUCUUUGUCUCCAGAUGGAAGUUGCAUUGAUAUCAAACAAGAAAGCAAGCCUCAUGGAGCAGCAGUCAAUGCGAUCAGUGUAGACAAGUCUUACAAGCUGCUGGUGACGGGUAGUGAGGACAAGACAGUGUUUGUGUACAGGCUGCAGACUUCAGGCCAGCUGGUCCCUGUUGGCUUCAUGCAGCUUCCAUGUGAAAUCCGAUACUUCUCCUGGAAACCUGAUGAGGCAAACACUCUCUUGAUUUGCUGUGGAGAUUCUCUGAGUGAAGCAAUAAUCCCAGAAGAAGUCAACACUAUUAUCUCGUACAAGAUUUCGUCAUCAAUGACCACAGUUGCUCUCAUACAGUCAGAAGACAAUAUACUGGAAAACUUGUUGUAUGCAGUAUACUCUGAACACAAUUCAAUAUAUUUAGUGGAUAGCAGUUCACUUUAUGAGUAUAGCUGGGAGACAAAGAGCAUAAUAAAUCAAGUAACUCUGGACCAGCCAAUCACUGCAGUUAGUAUGAAAGACGAUGGCAAUGUGUGGUUCUUGGGCCUGAACAGUGGGACACUGAGAACCAUGGUGAAGAAGGGUGAGAGUGGCUGGAAUGAUCUAACCCUACACAACCCCACCGAGGGAUCUGUGUCUGACAUCUGCUUUUCAUGUGAUCUUCAGUACCUGGCUGACUGUGGAAGGGACGGCAAUCUCUUUGUCUACUCUCUCAAUAUCAGUCCGUCACUAAUUAAUGGCAGAACUACUUCUUUAAUAGUAGCAGAGUUGCAAGAUAUAUCGGCAGAGGAGGAGGAUGAUCAGGAAAAUCAAGGGGCCAGUCUUGAAGAGGCGAAGAAAGAUGCUGUACUCCGAGAGAAAUUGGCUGUUGUGAUGAUGAAAAAAGUAAGAGUUCAGAAACAACUCGCUUCACUGCGCUUGAGGUUCAAAGAAAUACUAAGGAGGAACAGUCAAUUACCAGAAUCGCAGAGACUACCAGUAACUGAUUUCCAAUUGGACAGACGUCUUCAGUUCCAUAUAAAAAAUCUGAUUGCAACAGAAAUGAAUCUGGUAAAACAAAAACUUAGCUUUGAUGUUGAAAAAAGCCAACUGCGCCUUAACAAGCUAAAAAAUUAUUUCAUUGAUUGUUUAGCUUCAUUUUAUAUUGAAAUUUCAGCAAUCAGGGGAAAAAAGAGUGUAGCUACAUUUGUUCAUAGAAAGAUGGGGGAAGAGUUUGAGAGUGGAGAACAGCUUAUAAAAAAUCUAAUGAAGAGAGCAAGUGAAAAGAUUCAUCGCAAUAGUUAUGAUUUACUGGCCAAGCCUUCUCCAGAUACUGCACCAGCCUGUGCCAUAGAAGUGGACACAGAGGAGCCCUACUUGCGUUCUGUACAAGAUAUCUACAGCAAGUUGAAUAUUAAGACUAAACGAGCUUUGGAGAAGUAUAAACUCAUGAAAAACAAAAAAGAGGACCGUAAAAAACAAUGGCAGGCUUUCUUAGCAACGCAGCCAGACCAAGACAAAAACUUGACUUCAGAUAUUGCAGCUAUUGAACAUGCAAUGCGUACCAUGGGAGACUACAAGCUCAAGUGUUCUGAUGACUAUAAAUUGUUAGACCAGUCUAAGAAUACAACUCUGUAUAAACUGAACCAGUUAGUUGAAGCAAAACGAGAGAUUUACAAUAUGAAAGAAGAGUUUAACAGGAAAGUGCACAUGUUGAGGGAGCAUAAGGUGGAGCUGGUGAGGAAGAUGGAACACUUGGAGACCAGAUUGAUAUGUUUACACAAGGAACUGCCCAAGGACAGUAGGAUCCACUCUCCUCCUCUACCUCAACUGAAUGUGGCUAAAGAAUAUCCUGAACGGCAAUACCAGAUCAGUCCUGGCAGAGAACCAGGAAUCAUGUCACCUCCACUGCAGGAGUUUGAUGAAGAAUUCUUUAUCCUUUAUGGUAGUCGGAUAUCAUUAACCUCUUUAUAUUCCUUUGAUGAAGAUCUUGAAGAGUAUGAUAAAGAAAACGAAAGUUUAAGUGACGAAGAAAACAUUAACCAGGAUGAAGACACGCUCUGGGAAACUGAGAUAAGAAUUCUUCGCACUGCUAGGCAAGUUUUCAAACAAAAUGACAUACUAGAGGAGAUGGAAGUACUAAUGACAGAAUUUGACACCCACCUUGAGGAGCUGAGUCAUGAGCGACUUCAGCUGUCCAUAGAUAUCAAGUACUUAGAGUGUUUCGUGAACUUACUGCAUCAGGAACUUCACAUUAUCCACAGCUACGAUGAGACGGAAGCAGCUAUUUUGGAGAGGGUCAACAACAGUCUCGCAGAGAAACAUACAAAACAUCUUAAGGUAAAUAUAUUACAACACAAGAUAGAUGCACGAGCUGCCGAGCUAACCCUGGUAGAAGAGAAGUUGGCUGCUGUUGAGAAAAGCUUUACAGAGUUGACAGCAGGCAACCGUGUGUCCAAGCACUUGACAAGAAUCUUUAGGAAAAAGUAUAGACCCCAGCUGUUAAAAAGAGAAAAUGAAGAGGAAGAGAGUGAAGAAGAGUCUUCAACUGAGGAAGACACUUCGGAUGACUCUGAUUCUGCUGUCAAUGUCGGCAAGCCUAGUCCUCGCAUUGAUGACAACAAGUGUCCUGCUGAUUGUGAUAAGGAAAUACACAAGGAAACAUUGGAGCUUAGAUCUAAACGGUACCAGUUAGAGGCAAAGAUUACUUCGGAAAAGCAAGCCAUUGAUUUGAUGGUGAAGGAGAAAGAACGUACAUUUAAAUUUCUUAAACUGAUAGAGCCAGUUUUAAGAAUGAAUCAAGAUCAGUUGGAAAAGAUUCAGAAAGACAAACAAACUAAAUUAAAUGAGACCGAAGUGUUGGUAGUCCUGAGCUGUAGUCAGGUCUGUGGCCAGAACCUGCUCAUGUCAAGAGAUGAUCUGGACAAACUACGAGCCCGAGUUUCUGAGCUCCAACGGCAAACUGAUGUGCAGUUGGAGAAACUAAAGAAAAGUCAAAGAUAUCAACAACGCUUAACUGAUGAUUAUUCAAAAAUAGACUUACAGAUUUCUCAGUUGAAGAAGGAUAUAGACAAAGCUAUGAUUUGUAAAUUUGGACAGCAUGUAGAUGUAGAAACUCUUGAAGAAAAGAUCCUAGAGCAAAUGAUCCAGAGAACAAGAAAAACACUCAAGGAAGAAGAACUGCAUAAAAAGUAUGAGAGGAUGAUAAAGGAUUUAAAAGAGGAGCUAUUAGAAAAAACAGAAGACUUAGCAGACUUAAUGAGAGAGAACACACAUAAGCUUCAAAUGCUUUCAUCAUUGGAAGAAGAAAAGCAGAAGCUUAUAGCUCUAGCCAUAAGAGUAAAUAAGGCUGCAGCUGAACCAAACGACAGAGAGGCUGAAUACACUCAGGAUGUGCAUAAGUUGACAAAAAUUUUGAAUUGUCUACUACUCCAGAAGGAGACAAUCAUCCAUGAGAUCAAAGUGUUAAGUUUGAAGGGUCGGCCACUGCCACCGAUAGUACAGACAGUGGUUAAGGAGCCAGACACAAUUAUGGCACCCAAAUGUGAGAGCAGAGACUCAGACGACGUGCCUACGACUGAGGAGGGGCACAUGGCGGUGGCUCAGGAUCUUGAGGAGAAGGAGGAGGACAGUGAGUUUGAAUAUAUGGAGAAUGGUGCAACAGAGCAGUAAUUGUGUACAGACAUUUAUUACCCAGCAAGUAGAACAACUUGUACCAGACAUAAAUAUUGGUAGACACAACGGUUGUUUUCUCAAAUGUAUUUUAAAGGAGGAAUUGUUGCUGUUAACAUAAGAAUUAUUAAGAAAAAAAAUCUUAAAAGGUGCUUAUAACUCAAGAUUCUUCAAUAAAUAUAAUACUAAUAAGACAAAAAAUAAAAACAAACAAUUUUGAGAUAACAUUGCUUUAACAUAUCAAGAACGACAAAUUGUGCCCAGCAUGAAUUUGGACUGCAGGUGUUGUUUACAGGACAGCAACAGCAGCCUGAUAUUUGUAAUAGUGAAAUACUACUCAAGACAAUUCUGCCUAGCUCCUACAGUGCUACGUACAAUUCUAGGUAUAAAAAUUAUGGGCUGGUGAAUCAAAGUUAGUGGUAUUAAAAUAUUUGUGAUAACAUUACAUAUAUUACCUUUUUGAGAACCAUUGAUGAUAUUUUUUUAUAAAUGGACAUAAAUCAAAUAGAAGUGUCAUUUAUGUUCCUUAGUUCUAUUCUAAAUUUCAAUAUAUUAAACUUAUAUAUUUUUAUAAA